AUGGGCCAAGGUCAGUCAACAGCCCAAGCGGGCCCUGGGGAUUCAAACGAGAAGGGUGCUACAAAGAAAGACUAUUAUGAGCUUCUUGAGGUGGAUCAAAAUGCGUCGCCGGAAGAGGUCAAGAAGGCCUAUAGAAAAAAGGCACUAGAGCUACAUCCUGACCGAAACUUUGGGAAUGUACACGCCGCAACGAACCUGUUUGCAGAGAUUCAAUCUGCCUACGAAGUGCUUUCGGAUCCCCAAGAACGAUCAUGGUAUGAUUCUCACCGUGACGCCUUUUUAGGGCGCGAUGGUGAGGGUGAUGUGACUGAAAAUUCUCACAAAACGCGCAUGAUGUCAGCUGCCGAUAUUCUCAGAUUAUUCUCAAAGUUCAGUCCCCAGAUGGAGUUUACCGACGCACCGAAUGGGUUUUAUGGUGGCCUGCGUGAAACAUUUGCACAACUUGCGCUGGAAGAAGAAUCAGCAUGUCGCUGGGAAGACCUAGAUAUUAUUAAAUACCCAUCUUUUGGAUCUCGCGAUGACGUUUUUGCACUUGUGCGUGAUUUCUACGCUGUAUGGGGCAGCUUUUCGACCAAAAAAUCUUUUUCGUGGAAAGAUGCCUACCGGUGCUCGGAGGCUCCAGAUCGCCGCGUUCGUCGAUUGAUGGAGAAAGAAAAUAGGCGUCUGCGAGAAGGAGCAAUUCGCGAAUUCAAUGAAGCUGUUAGAUCGCUUGUGGCGUUUGCAAAAAAGAGAGACCCGCGCUAUAAAUCUUAUAGGGAUAGCUCGUUGCAACACCGUGAAGCGCUUCGCCAGUCUGCCGCUUCCCAGGCGACCAAGUCACGAGCAGCAAAUCAAGCAAGGUUGCGGAGCCAUGUCCUGCAAGAUUGGGCGAAGUCCGAGGAGCUCGAGGAAGAUGUGGCAGAAAGCUCCGACGAAGAUGAGACAGAGCAGUUCGAAUGCAUUGUGUGCCGCAAGAGUUUCAAGAGUCAAAAUCAGUUUCAGGCCCACGAGCGUAGUAAGAAACACAUCAAAGCUGUGAAGCAGCUUCGUUGGGAGAUGAAGAUUCAGAAUGACGAGCUUAACUUAGGAGAUGCGGCCAAUGAUAAUAGGGACACGAAAACGGCUGGAGAUGGUUCUCAUGAGGAAGAAGAUCCUGUCAAUAUUUCAACAAGCCCAUCGGGACGGAGCUUGGACCGUUCGAAUGGCAAAAAGGAACACAGCCACCCCGAAAGGUUCAAAUCUGACAAGCUGGUGGCCGAAUCUUGCUGCAAACAACAGGGGUCGUCGGAUUGCAACCCAGGUCAUAACCUCCAGAAAUCGGCUAGUCACGAUUAUGAUGCCGAUUACGCCCCAAGGGAGAUUCUGGAGCGCAGGCUUGACCGAGAGAACUCUCCUACUGAAAUGCUAAUGGAUAGCGUUGAUAAUUUGUCUCAAGACCUCUCAGCCGCCAGUUUGAAUGAAACUUCAUCCUCAGCGACCGUCAAAGUUGGCAAGGCAAAGCAAAAACGUGCUAAGAAGGCCGCUAUUGCGGAUGAAAGGCUUCAGUUAACAGAGUGCACUGUUUGCAAUGCUUCCUUCUCUUCGAGGAAUAAGCUUUUUUCUCAUCUAAAGUUGCAUCGAUAG